UCUCUUCCUCCCAAAAACCUUCCGAUUUUCCCGGCCAAAAAAUCGCGAGCAGCAGCUCCGUCGCGACUGAACCACACGCGCAGCCGGGGUAGACCCUUUAGAUGGGUUUAUCUCCCUAUGCAUCAUUUACCGCGUUUCUUCUCUAGCAGCAGCAGCGGCAGCGGCAGCAGCAAGGGAGCUAAAGCUAGAGCUAAAGCUGAAGCUAAAGCAAGAGCUAAAGCUGAAGCCAAAGCCAUGGAUCCGAAGCGGCGGCCCAAAUUGGAGCGGCGCAAUGCGGUGAAGCACAUUGACUACGACGCCUCUACUUCCUCCCCACACUCGCCGCGCCACACGCGCUCGCUCGACUUGACCGACCGGACCAGCUUCCGGGUCGAAGGAAACGGCGAGUUCGAGCGGAUUUGCGCCAAGCUAGGGUUUUCCCCGGACGAGUUCGAGAUACCCGAGGCGGCCUGGGAGGCCCGGAAGAUCCGCUCCACCAACUCGGAUGUUCUCCCCAUGGCGAAAUUCUACGGGAUGGAUAGUCCGAGACCCGACCCGGGUGACGAAUCGGAUGACGAUAGGGUGGAGGAGCUGUGCGAUAGAGUCAGGGAUAGCGUUAGUGUUACGGUUGCCGACUCGACUCGGUCCGAAUUGGCCGGGCCGAGCGGGUGUUGUAGUUCGAGUAGUAGUAGUUGUAGUGUUAGCGUCGGAAUUAAGGGAGUGCGGCCGCCGGGGCUGAAGCCGCCGCCGUCGAUGGCUAGGGUUCCGGUGAUCGACGAUGGAUGCUCCACCUGGGAUCUUUUGAGGGACUUCGCGCCGGAAGAGGAUAGAGAGGCGUCGGACAUGGUGCAGAGAAGGUUUCGUCCUCCUUCUUCUUCUUCUUCCGAUGAAGAAGAAGAGGAGGAAGAAGAAGAAGAGGAGAAUAAUGUGGCGGUUGAGAUUAGAGAGACGGUGGUGAACUCCGGCGGGUGUUCGUUUACUACUUCCAAUGACGAUGAUUCUUCCAGUAGUACCACAGACCCUUCAUACAUUUCCCCAAAUGGAAGGAUUUCGCCGAAUGGGAGGCCUAAGCUUGUUAUCACUUCUUGGGAGAAGGGUGAUCUUCUCGGCAGCGGCUCUUUCGGGUCUGUGUAUGAAGGAAUUUCUGAUGGCGGAUGCUUCAUUGCUGUCAAGGAAGUUUCCUUGCUUGAUCAAGGAACCCUGGGGAGGCAAAGAGUUUCUCAACUUGAACAGGAGAUUGCUCUUCUGAGUCAGUUUGAACAUGAGAACAUAGUUCAGUACCAUGGCACACAAAAGGAUGAAUCAAAGCUUUAUAUCUUUCUGGAGCUGGUAACCAAAGGCUCCCUUCAAAAGCUGUAUCAGACAUACCAUCUGAUAGAUUCGCAUGUCUCUGUAUACACUAGACAGAUCUUGCAAGGUCUGAAGUAUCUUCAUGACCGAAAUGUGAUUCACAGGGACAUUAAAUGCGCAAAUAUUUUGGUGCAUGCUAAUGGAUCUGUGAAGCUUGCAGACUUUGGAUUGGCAAAGAUUACCAACAUGAACGACAUAAAAUCUUCCAAAGGAACUGCAUACUGGAUGGCCCCUGAGGUUGUUAAUCGUAUGAGUCAAGGUUAUGGCCUUCCAGCUGAUAUAUGGAGUCUUGGAUGUACUGUGUUGGAGAUGUUAACCGGGCUGGUUCCAUACUCGAAUCUCGAAUGGAUGCAGGCAUUAUGGAAGAUUGGAAAGGGGGAGCCCCCUCUGGUUCCUGAUUCUCUUUCAAAAGAGGCACAAGAUUUCAUCCGUCUAUGCCUACAAGUCAAGCCAGAUAAUCGUCCCACUGCGGCUCAGCUUUUAAGACAUCCUUUUGUAAAUAAGUCCUUUCCUCCCACACCUUCUGGAUCAGUAUCUCCUUACAAUCAGCGCAGACAGAGUUAAAAAGAUUUAUUCAGCUACAAGUUGUGAAGGUAGCAAGCUCUAUUCGACCCAAAGAAGACCCAAAGAAGCAAGACAACAACUCAUCAGGGUUAAAAAAAUCUUUUCUGGUGUACGGUGUUCAGCUAUCAAAUAUUGGCUUACACUGGUAGAGUGCAUGCUUGUUACAACUUCAGUGAUUUUCAAUCCCGACGUGGGAUCUGUCACUUUAGACGAACAACAAGAAUGAUUUUGUCCCUUUGUGCAUGCGAUGAAAUCAUCGUGCAUGUGGAGCAAAUCCUGCUAAUUAUUUCACCAUCAUUUCUGUUGUAGAUAUAUGAUUUUGACUUUGGAUUAGUGUUUACCCCUUUGUUCCCCUCCAAGGGAAGUGCUAUGUACACACUCAAGUGAGUGUUUGGUGGGUAAGAGAUAGUAUUGGCAAGUUGUGGUAGAUAGUUUUGUAGUAUUGGAAAGUAAUUCCGAUUUGUAUAUAUCCGUAAUCUGUUACUGACAGUGUCGUAAUUGGUAUGUGCAUUUCUUUUUAUGGCCGUUGAUCAAUAGAGUGCAUUCAUG